GGGCGCGUGCUCCACUCGCGCGCUAGCUGUUCGCCUCGCCUCGCCUCGGCUUGCCUCGCGGUCAGCCCGCUUCGUUUCUGAUCCCCGCCAUGGAGGAGGCUGAGACGGACGCCACGGAGAACUCUCGCGCAUCUGAGGCCGAGCGAGCCUCGGCCAUGCCGCCUCCCAUCUCGCCGCCCGCCCUCACCCCGGCGCCCGCAGCCGGUGAGGAGGGCCCGGCGUUUUUGCCCGAGGCGGGCGGUCCCGGCUGCUCCGGAUCUCGGCCCCCGGAGUUGGAGCCCGAGCGGAGCCUGGGCCGCUUGAGAGGCCGCUUCGAGGACUUCGACGAGGAGUUGGAAGAGGAUGAGGAGAUGGAGGAGGAAGAGGAGGAGGAGGAAGAGAUGAGCCACUUCUCGCUGCGGCUGGAGUCGGGGCGGCCGGAGUCCGAGGACGAGGAGGAGCGCCUGAUUAACCUUGCUGAACUGACCCCAUACAUCUUGUGUUCCAUUUGCAAAGGUUACUUAAUAGAUGCAACUACCAUUACAGAAUGUCUUCAUACAUUUUGUAAAAGCUGCAUUGUCAGACAUUUUUACUAUAGCAACAGAUGCCCAAAAUGCAACAUAGUUGUCCACCAGACUCAGCCUCUUUACAAUAUAAGGUUGGACCGACAAUUACAAGACAUAGUAUACAAAUUAGUGAUCAAUCUAGAGGAAAGAGAAAAAAAGCAAAUGCAUGAUUUCUAUAAAGAACGAGGUCUAGAAGUACCUAAGCCUGCUGUUCCACAGCCAGUCCCUUCAAGCAAAGGAAGAACUAAGAAAGUCCUAGAGUCAGUGUUUCGUAUUCCACCUGAACUUGAUAUGUCUUUAUUACUUGAGUUCAUUGGUGCUAAUGAAGACACAGGACAUUUUAAGCAUUCACUGAGAUUUGAGCCAUUGGAAAAGAAGUUUGUGCGUGUUUCAGGAGAGGCAACUAUUGGGCAUGUAGAAAAAUUUCUUAGAAGAAAAAUGGGUCUUGAUCCAGCUUGUCAGGUAGAUAUCAUCUGUGGUGAUCACUUACUGGAACGGUACCAAACUCUACGGGAAAUCCGGCGUGCAAUAGGUGAUGCAGCAAUGCAGGAUGGUUUGCUUGUUCUUCAUUAUGGUCUUGUGGUUUCUCCUUUGAAAAUAACUUGAAGAUUCAAGGGUAUAUGAGAAAGAAACACAGUGAAGAGGCUUCUGCAGGUCUACAUUGCACCAAAGAUUCUCACAAAGCAUGUAGCCGCCACUACUUCAUGCUGUUACAAGCUGGCUUCUGUCUUCAGCUCCAGAACCCUAGCAUUGUGUGUACAACUUGAAACAAUAGAAUGUAUCUGCUACACUAGAGACUAUGUAAAAAACAAAACACUCAAAACUCAGGGGAAAAAACUGAAAACACUGAAUUUUAAAAUUCCUUGUGAUUCCAAAUACGAGGAAGUUGCUGGUUGCUUCCCGUCUUUGAGGUAGGUUGGUCUUCUGGCAGCUAGGAAUCUGUCCUCCCGCUGCGUGGGUUGGGCAGGUGUCCUUGCAGAGCAGCCUUGCUUUAAAUUCAAAGCCAGUCUGUUGGACUGCAGGGCACGCUCAGCACCAAAACUACUGGCCACAAUAGGUUCCUGUCCUGUUCUGAACUAAAUACUACUAAAGCAGUGUCACUUAGCUCUGCGACUGGAGGCACUGUCUUCUGUUAGAUAAGGCUCUUCUUAACAUCCCUUACAUAUGAGGUGCUUCUUUGUGAUGGGUUAUUUGCAUAUAUCCAUGCCACUGGGACAGGUGUCACAAGGUACUCAUUGUGGCUCUUGAUAAUGGCACUGCUUCUAACAGUAGCAAAAAAAAAAAAAAAAAAAAAAACAAAAAAAUUCAGGUGAAUUACCAGAAGUUUACAGAAUCCUUAUUGUUUUCUCAGUCACUUAGCAUAACUGAUUCCAUAUUUUAAUGUUUGUUUUCUUGUCACUGGGAUAAAGAAUCAGUCUUUGAGAACCUUGCUUUUCACAAAGACUUAGUUUUAAACAUUAUUUUGCCUAAAAUUAGCAUCUACUGCUUUCUAAAAAAUAUUUUGUAGACUCUUAUUUUACUGCAAAAUUUCCAAAUCUGUACAGAAAUUGACAAAAUUGGACUUACAUUGGCAACUGUUUUUGUAAAGAAUUUGUGAAUUGUGCAUAAAUCUCUUCUGACAUUUAAUAAAAAAUUAUUUUAGCCAA